AUGUCAUCUAAUACAGACAAUACAGUGCUAAGAGACCAACCUCUUGUUGCUGAUCCAAUAGUAAUUACCGAUUCUACCAUCAACGAGGCAAAUGCAAACCAUCCUCAGAGCCACGAGGUAAUAUACACAGAACAAAAUGAAGAAGGUAAAGCAAGUUCUAUUGAUUCAUUUACCAUAGAAGAUCAUGAUUGGGCAUCAACCAGUACUUUUGAAACUCCAUCAACAUUACAAAGAAUCAAACAAUCCGUACUAUCAUUUUAUGACAAGUAUAUCUCACCAAAUAUUGGGAUUUCUCUCUUGCUAUUGUCACAAUUUUUAAAUUCAAUUAUGGUUACAACUUGUAAACUAUUAGUUACCAAUAAAGGCUCCAACGAACCUAUACAUCCCGCCCAAAUCUUAUUUGUCAGAAUGUUCAUUACAUACAUUUGUUGCUUGUUGUAUAUGGGCAUUACAAGAUCUGUUCCUGAAGCCCCACUAGGUCCUAAACCGAUUAGAAAAUUAUUACUAUUAAGAGGAUUUGUGGGUUUUUUUGGUGUUUUUGGAAUGUAUUUCUCUUUACAAUAUUUGAGUUUAUCAGACGCUGUUGCUUUAACAUUUUUGGUACCGAUGGUGACGGCAUUUUUAGCAUUCUUAAUGUUAUCUGAGAAGUAUUCUAUAUUGGAAGCAGUAUGUUCAUUGUUUUCAUUAGGUGGGGUGGUAUUAAUUGCCAAACCAACUUUUAUAUUUGGUAGUGCCUCAGAUACAGAAUCCAAUGGUGAUGAAAGUGUUGAAAGUUCAAGUUCUGAAAAGAGAAUUUUAGCAACCAUAGUUGGCUUAGUUGGUGUUUGUGGUGCUUCUUGUGUUUACAUCAUUUUGAGAAAGAUAGGUAUGCAUGCCCAUCCGUUAUUAUCUGUCAGUUAUUUUGCAUUAACUUGUUGCGUUGUUACAUUUUUUGCAAUUUUGGUACUUCCAGGUUUGUCAUUUGUGUUACCUUCAAAUGCUUACCAAUGGACUUUAUUCCUCAUCAUUGGAUUAUCGGGAUUCUUUAUGCAGUUUUCAUUGACAGCUGGUGUUCAAAGAGUUAAAGCUUCAAGAGCAUCCUUGAUGGCAUAUUCUGGUAUGAUUUUUGCUGUAGUUUGGGAUGUUAGUAUUUGGCACCAUUUCCCAGGCAUGUUAAGUUUAUUGGGAAUUACAUUAAUUAUUGGAAAUGCAAUAAUUAUUCUCAAGUUUAAACCCCAGAAAGAAGAUUCUGAGAAACAAUCACAGCAAACAACAGGGGAUUUGGAAAGAAACGGAAAAUACCAGCAAGUUGACAACCGUGAUUCAAUUGCCAUGCAAAACUUUAUCAUAACUAAUGAUGAGGAGGAUAGUGAAGAACAAUCUAGCCCAAAGUGA